GGACGCCUGAAAAGGGGCUAAAAUCAGCUAAAAGCAAAAGAAUGGAGAAUAAGCGCUAUAGUACGAAUAGAAAAGUGUGCUGCUACAAAGGUUGCAACAAUGACACAGUCUCGAACCCGGCAGUCACGUACUUUCUGUUCCCAAAAGACCCUACUCGCUACAAAGUUUGGGCGAAGCAGUCUGGCCUGACCGAGCAAGACCUACAGUGCACAUCCACCCUCUAUCUGUGUGAAGUACACUUUCCAGAAAUCUAUAAAUGCCACAGUUCGCGACGAAAACUACUCCUACGAAAUGCUGUGCCGUAUCCUCAUGAAACUAGCCACACUGAUCCCGAAGAUGAGCACGUAGAAACGGUGCAGCUAGCGGAGUAUUCCGAGGAAAAUGUGACUGUGCCCGGCGAGACCAUUUCACCGAGCGAGCCGAACUGGGUGGAGGCCUCGGCAAUCGAGCAGAUAGGAAUGUUGGAACAGGAUGAUCUCAGAGAGGAAACAAGAGGUGAAGCCAAAGCCAAUCCCGAAACCGCCACUACGAUAUCACUGAAAAGAAAACACACAACAGAAGAGAUUGAUCGAAUGAAAGUGAAGGUGCACCAACUUCCACUAUCUAGCCGACAACUACGAAGGAAUGAGAUUAAUGAGUAUACGGUGCAAGUCGAAGAGGGAACCCUGCUACGCAAAGCGAUGCCUGGUGGUUCCAAACAAAUCCUCAAAAAGCUGCCUCCUUCCCAAAUUAAGGAUGCAACCAUGAAGUCGCCGGCCACUUCCUCAACGAAUGUGAUCGAAAUAAUCGAACAAGCGGACGACACGAGUUCCAAUAGUAGCGAAGAUGAAGCGGACGAGAGCAGCAGUCAUAUAAAUGAAUUAGUUAUAAAAGGGGAAAAGUAUGUUCAGAUGCCGAAGGCAUUUUAUCAGAAACAACUAGACGAUCUCCGCUCCAAAGUGGCGUACUACGAGUAUAUUAUGCGAAUCGUACGCCAAACGGUAGACGAUGCCUUCUCGCCCGAUACCUAACGGACGGGAAAAGAAUGAUUAGUUUUUAGUUGAGACUAUCAAUAAUAUGUGAGUUAUAAAUACAGUAAACCCCUU